AUGCUUAAAAUCGCGUACUUUGGGUCUGACAAGUUUUCGAUCCGGUGUCUGACGCAUUUGCUUCCCAAAUACGCCGAUGCGAUCACCGUGGUUGCACGGAAGGCCAAGCUGAGCGGCCGUGGGCUCAAACAGUACAAGGAACCGCUCAUCGUGAGGUACGCCAACCAGACAGGCCUGCCGCUAGUGCGUGCAGACGAACGCGCCGACUUCGAGCGGCUAAGAGGCCAGUUCGACAUCUGCGUGGCUGUGUCGUUUGGCCUUCUCAUUCCGGCCUCCUUCCUCGAGUCGCUCCAAUACCCGGGUCUCAACGUGCAUCCGUCGCUGCUGCCAGCGUUCUCCGGGCCGGCCCCUAUGCAACGCGCGUUGCUCAGCCACCAAAAUUACACCGGUGUCUCCUUACAGACGCUCGAUAAGAAGAGGUUCGACCGUGGACGCAUUCUGGCGCAGGAUAGGCAAGAGAUCGCCGAAACAGAGACCCUGGACUCUCUGUGCGAGAAACUGGCGGACGCCGGUGGCCAGCUGCUGAAAAAUUCUUUGGACACUGGCCUGUACAAGCCGCAAAAUUACCCUUCUUUCGUUUCACCUGAAAGCUACUCGUACGCGGCGAAAAUAAUGCCUUCAGACAAACGCAUCGACUGGAAUAACUUCACCACAAAACACAUCCUACGGCGCCAGAACACGCUCGGCCAGCUCUUCGCAAACAUCCAGGCCGUCUCCAAGGAGAAUCAGCCCAUCCUCAAACGCGUUUAUCUGCCAAAUUUGCAACCAGCUACCACACGCGACGAGUCUGCACAGCCAGGACAAUUCUCUCUCAAAGACGGAAAAUUGACUGUGGCCACCCUAGACAGCGCCGUCGAGUGCGUGACCGCAAAACUGGAGGGUUUUAAGGCGGAGUCUGCGGCAAAAUUCAUCAACAGCCUACAAAAACGUACCGGACUUGUAUCUAGUCAUUUUUUAUAG